AUGGAGUCGGAGAAGAGCGGCUUUCUGCCGCCAUACAGCGCCGCAGUCGUUCCGUCGCAUUCGGGUCCACGCCGCUCAGCAUCCCAACCCAAGCGAUGGUUGCGCCCCAGCCGCAGCAUGAAGCUGAUCGUCGCAUGUCUUGCAUUCAUCGCUUUUGCUCAGUGGAAGCAGCUGUCUCUGCUGCCCGCUCGCCAACCGUCGAGUAAUUUGUCCAUGGACCGCCUGCAACAGGACCUGGCAACUUGCGCCAAGCUGCGACACAAGCCGCAAGACCCAAUUGGUCUUGGCCGCAAGAAGAACGCCCGUUAUGUUGACGGUCAGCGUCCGACGCUCAUUCGAAAUGCCACGAUCUGGGUUGGCGAGGCCGCCGAGGGAACGUCCCCGGAAGAUGCGCGCGCUGGCAAAGGAUACUCGUGGAUCACCGCCGACGUUCUUGUCGACUACGGUCUCAUCCAGAAGGUCGAGGCCGACAUCUCACUCGAUUCUCUUCCCAAGAACACCCAGGUCUGGGAUGCUAAGGGCCGCCAGCUGACCAGCGGCAUCAUCGACAUGCACUCUCACGCCGGCGUUAACUCCCUGCCCGAGCUCAAUGGCAACCAAGAUGUCAACGAAAUGGCAGAUGAUAUUACCCCGUACGUCCGUUCGAUAGAUGGCAUCAACCCGCUCGACCCACAGAUCCAGGUCAUCAAGUCCGGCGGUGUCACCACGUCGCUGGUUUUGCCCGGCUCUGGCAACAAUAUGGGAGGCGAAGCCUAUGUCAUCAAGCAUGCCGUCGGCAAGGCCGACGGCCGCACCGAGUUCUCGGCAGAGGAUAUGUUGGCCGACCCUGACCGCAACUGGCGCUACAUGAAGAUGGCCUGUGGCGAGAACCCAAAGCGUGUUUACGGGAAGGUUGGCCACAGCCCUUUUUCUCGUCUUGGCGAGAGUUGGGAAUUUCGCCAUGCGUUUGAGCAAGCCGCAAAGCUCGUGCGAGACCAGGACGACUGGUGCGACGCCGCAGACAAGUUCGGUGUUGGAAGCCAUACCUCGUAUCUGCCGCAGGACCUCAAGUGGGAGAGCCUCAGCGCUGCGUUGCGCGGCCAAGUGCACAUCAACACCCACUGCUACACGAUUCCGGAUUUGGAGGCAUUCGUCGACCACACCAACGAAUUCAAGUUCCCCGUGCGGGCGUUCCACCACGCUCACCAAACGUUUUUGGUUCCCGAGAUCCUGAAGCGUGUUUGGGGUGGCCGCCCGCCCGCCUCUGCGCUGUUCGCCGACAACAUGUACUACAAGUCCGAAUCAUAUAUCGGCUCCGAGUACGCUGGCAAGAUCCUUUGGGAGAACGGCCUCACUCCUGUCUACGUCAGCGACAACCCUGUUCUCAACGCGCAGCACGUCCUUUUCGAGGCUGCCAAGGCUUACAGAUACGGUCUCCCUUACCAUGUCGCCCUGUCUAGUGUGACAUCUGCGCCUGCCGAAUUGCUUGGUCUUGGCCAGCGCAUCGGCAAGAUCAAGCCCGGAUUUGACGCCGAUAUUGCUGUCUGGGAUAGUGAUCCUUUGAGUGUCGGCGCAGCGCCUGUGCAGGUCUGGAUUGACGGUGCGGCCCAGUUCUCUGACCCAUUUGAGCUGGAAAAGCCCCUUACCGGACCCAUCUCCCCCGACUUGAGGCUAGCAAACAUCACCGAGGAGACCUUGGAUCUUAAGGAAGUCGUUUUCACUGGCGUCUCCAACGUCUGGCUCUCCAGCAAGAGUGUUCUCUCGACUGGCGACGAGACUGUCAACGUCGUCUUCGCCAACGGCGCUAUUAAGUGCAUUGGUGCCUGCAGUGAAGAAGUUGCAGCCGCCAAGUCUGCAUCGAAGAGCGUCAUUAACUUGACCAACGGCCACGUCACUGAGUCUUUUACUGCCUUUGGCUCUCUUAUUGGCCUCAACGAGAUUGAUGCCGAGGAAGACACUGACAACGGCCGUAACCCUACCGGAUUCAGCAGAGCGAUCGAUGGUCUUGUGCUCGACAACAAGAAGCUGCACACGGCCAAGCGAUACGGUGUCACCAAGGCCAUUUCUGCGCCCAAGUUCACCGGUGGUUUGACACACUCGGGCACUAGUGUCGGUUUCAUCACAGAUGCUUUGCAUGGUCUCGAAAAGGGCGCGGUAUGGAGCGAGGAUGUUGCAGUCCAUCGAACGUUGACAUUGGCUGCCAAGCGAGGCGAUAACCCCUCCAUCUCCAGUGCUGUCGGGGCACUCCGACACAGCCUCCUGGAGGCGGUUGCAACAAACGACACCGGUUCGGACCCAUACUCGGAAGCUGCCUAUCUCAAGAAGGUUGUCAACGGGGAGCUUCCCCUGGUCCUGACGAUAAACAGUGCCGAUACGAUUGCGAAUGUGCUAAGGGUCAAGGCGACUGUCGAGGAGGCUCUCGCUGCGAAGAGCCAAUCCACGAAAUCACCCAAGCUUCGUGUCGCCAUCAUCGGAGGCGCAGAGUCUCAUCUCGUUGCUUCUGAGCUGGCGUCCGCCGGCGUUGGUGUCGUCCUUGCACCGUUCCAGUCGUUCUCGUAUACCUGGGACCAGAGGCGUUCGUUGACCGGCGCUCCUCUCACAAACGGCACCGCCAUUGACACUCUCCUCGAUGCUGGGGUUCUGACUGCCAUUGGACUAGAAGAGGACUGGCUUGUCCGUGACCUAGGACUUCUUGCUGGCAUUGCGCAAAAGAAUGGAAACGGUCGACUGAGUGAGAAAAAGGCGCUGGACUUGGUUUCCUCCAACAUCUACGAGAUCCUUGGCAUCAAAGAGCCGGAGUCCGGGAAUGGUCGUCACUUUGUUGUACAUGAGGGCAGCCCCCUUAGUAUUGAAGGAAGAAUCCGCGCGGUUGGUAGCGGCCGAGACACGGUGUCUGUGUUCGUGUAG